CCUUUUGGCAAGGGAUGACCAGGAAUCAGGAUUCACUAUAUGGGCGGUAACCUUCUGUCUCGUUUGUAUAGACUUGCGUCUGAAUGGCUCACACCUGGAAUUUUAUGGUUAUCUAUUCAUGGAGAUCGUCUAUUCUUUCACUUUUACUAAUCAGAAUCGGUUCGUUUUAUUUAAGAAUUUCCCUUCAUAGUGGACAGAACUAAACGGCCAAAGAUACACAAUGGCUGCAACUCCAGAUUGUGGACGGGUUGUGAAGGCAAAUGACCGAUCAUUCAAUUCUCAAUUUAAAUAUGCAAAUAAUUAUAUCAAGACUUCCAAGUACAACAUUUUCACAUUUAUUCCAAUAAAUUUAUUUGAGCAGUUUAUGAGAAUUGCCAAUUUUUACUUCUUAAUACUGUUAAUACUGCAGUUCAUUGAUGUAGUUUCAUCGUUAAACCCUGUAACGACAGCCUUACCCCUAGUAUUUGUACUAACUGUAUCGGCAGUUAAGGACGGCAUCGAUGAUUAUAAAAGACACAAAAGCGAUGGGACAGUUAACAAUAGAACUGCAGAAAUAUUGGUUUGCCAAGACACAAAGCGUGAUCUAGUGGCGACCAAGUGGCACCAUGUGCAAGUUGGGGAUAUCAUUAAACUGUAUAAUAAUGACUUUGUGACGGCCGACAUCCUUGUAUUAUCUAGUAGCGAGCCGCAUAGCGUAGUUUACGUUGAAACUGCUGAGCUUGAUGGUGAAACCAACCUGAAAGUGAAACAAGCCCUUCCAGAAACAUCACCGUUAGGACAGGACCUAGAAAAACUUGGCAAUUUUAAUGGGGAGGUUCAAUGCGAGGCUCCAAAUAAUCGUCUUGAUCGAUACGAGGGAACACUAAAUUGGGGCGAAGAGAAGUUCUCGCUGAACAAUGACCAGCUCUUGCUAAGAGGGUGUCGGAUACGUAAUACACAGUGGUGUUAUGGAAUUGUAAUCUUUGCCGGCAAGGAUACGAAGCUGAUGCAGAACAGUGGGAAGUCGAAGCUUAAAAGAACCAGUCUGGAUAAACUUAUGAACAAGCUUGUAAUAUCAAUAUUUAUAUUAAUGCUUGUCAUCUGCCUCAUCUGUUCCAUCUGCUGUUCCGUGUGGGAAUAUACAUAUGGGGAAGAGUUCCAGGUUUACCUUCCUUGGGAUCAGAAGAACGGCGCUAUCAUUGCAACCUUGAAUUUCUUCUCGUAUAUAAUUGUACUAAACACACUUGUACCUAUCUCACUUUACGUAACGGUAGAGUUGAUUCGUUUGUUCCAGAGCUUUUGGAUAAACUGGGAUGUGAAAAUGUAUUACGAGACCAAGGACUGCACAGCAAAGGCCCGAACCACAACAUUAAAUGAGGAGCUGGGGCAGAUUCAGUAUGUGUUUUCUGAUAAAACAGGUACUUUAACCCAGAAUAUGAUGACAUUCAACAAGUGUAGUAUCUCUGGUAGGAAGUUCGGAGAGUUCAAAAACAAAGCAGGAGAUAUUGUACCGAUUGACGAGGACACACCGAAAGUUGAUUUCUCAUCAAACAAAUAUUACGAGGAAAGUUUUGAGUUUUAUGACAAUUCGCUAAAGGCUGGAGUAGAUCGCGGAGACCGUCAGACGUGGCUUUUCUUCCGGUUGCUUGCACUCUGCCAUACAGUCAUGGCCGAGCAUGGAGAUGAUGGGAGCUUAACCUAUCAAGCCCAGUCCCCUGAUGAAGCAGCAUUAGUCGGUGCUGCAAGGAACUUUGGUUUUACUUACAAAUCACGUACGCCAACAACAAUCACAAUUGAAGUUCAGGGAAGAGAAGAUACGUACGAGCUUCUUCAGAUCUUGGACUUCAAUAACGUCCGCAAACGAAUGUCUGUGAUUGUCCGGCAAAACAAUCGUAUCAAGUUAUUCUGUAAGGGCGCAGAUAAUGUGGUUUUUGAGAGACUUGGGGAAGCCAGUACCUUUCUCAAAGAUGUUACGCAAGAACAUUUGAAUGACUUUGCAAACGAAGGACUGAGAACAUUGGUUCUAGCAAUGAAAGAUAUUGGAGAACAAGAAUACAAGGAUUGGAACAAGAAGUAUCAUGAGGCCUCAACCUCACUUGAAAACAGAGAAGAAAAGAUAGAUGCUGUUCAAGAAGAAAUUGAAAAGGAUAUGAUGUUGCUAGGGGCAACAGCAAUUGAAGAUAAACUCCAAGAUGGGGUGCCAGAAACUAUUGAGAAUCUUAUCAAGGGUAAUAUCAAAGUAUGGGUGUUGACAGGAGACAAACAAGAAACAGCGAUCAACAUCGGUUACUCCUGUCGUUUGCUUACCGAUGAGUUCAACGAAGUGUUCGUCAUCAACCAAACCGAGGAGGAGGCGAUUAAAGAAGUAGUAAACAACACUCUUGAUAAGAUUUGUGAUACCAUGGGGAUUAAGAACAAAAUGAGAUGUGAUGAGGAUGAUAUUGUUGACGAGGAUGAUGACGAGGAGGAUGAGAAAAAGAACAUGGAACAACUGGCGAGCAUCUAUAGCUUUGCGAUUGUUAUCACUGGAGCCAGCUUGGUACAUGCACUGCAAGCAGAUAUUGAACAGAUUUUCCUGGAGGCCGCUUGUUUCUGCAAAACCAUCAUCUGUUGCCGUGUCACACCUUUGCAAAAAGCACAAGUUGUGAAUCUUGUGAAAAAAUACAAGAAAGCAGUGACACUUGCGAUAGGGGAUGGUGCCAAUGAUGUCAGCAUGAUUAAAGCUGCACAUAUAGGUGUUGGAAUUAGCGGUCAAGAGGGAAUGCAAGCUGUUCUGGCAAGUGAUUUCUCAUUUGGGCAGUUCCGUUUUCUUGAAAGGCUUCUGCUUGUUCACGGACGUUGGUCAUACGUGCGUAUGAGCAAGUUUCUGUCGUACUUCUUCUACAAGAAUUUCGCAUUUACUCUUAGUCACUUUUGGUUUGCGUUCUAUUGUGGCUUCUCAGCUAUGGCUGUUUAUGACCAGUGGUUCAUUACACUCUACAAUAUUGUAUUCACAUCGCUCCCUGUCAUAGCUCUUGGAAUCUUUGAUCAGGAUGUGAAUGAGGACAUGUGUGUUAGAUUCCCAGCAUUGUAUAAACCUGGACAGAAGAAUGAGUACUUCAACUACUGGGUGUUCACCAAGAGCAUUGUGUCUGGAACAAUCACCUCCCUCACACUAUUCUUUAUUUCUUAUGGAACCUUCCUAGAUGUGGCGAACCCAGAUGGUUUUCCAGCAGGAUCGCAGACUACCUUUGGUUGCAUUUUAGCUUCCAUGCUGGUACUGGUUGUCAACUUUAAGAUGGCAAUGGACACAGCCUACUGGACGGUAUUCAACCACAUCUGCAUCUGGUUAAGCAUCAUCAGUUACUGGAUAAUAAUCUUCACCAUGUACAGUGACAUCAUGUACGAGUUCUUCUUUGCCAUUUUCACAUUUAUUGGUUCUGCACGGAUUAUGAGCACAAUGCCAACAUUCUGGUUCAGUAUGCCACUGGUAUGUGUCAUACUACUCAUGCCCGUCGCCGGAAAGCGCGCCAUUUCGAUGGAUGUUGCGCCAACCCUUGCAGAGAAGGUCCGCAUGCUGCAGCAGAGGGAAGCUCAACAGGCAAAGGAAGACAAGGACAAUGUUGUUGAGCUGAAGUCGUUGAAGCGUAUCGAUGGUGAUAUGAAUGGCAAAGUUAUUAAAAAUGAUCGGCCGAAGAGUCGCAAAGAUUCGGUUCGGGAAGAAGGAAUUAGCCGCAAGCGCCCUCAGUCAGCGGGAUCAGGUUAUGCGUUUUCGCAUCAAGAAGGAUUUGGAAGGAUGAUCACAUCAGGAACAAUCCGAGACAGUCAACGACGUAAGAAAGGAAGGGAAAAGAAUGGAACUGCCUCUACAGACAGGCGGAAGUCAAGUGCACAUAGCCGAGAUACAGACAGUGGAAGAGGGUCAGCUUUGAAAGACGAAGAGCUUAUUGUAUAAGGCACAUCAAUCAAACAAAGGCCUAUUAUGAAGAAGAAAAAAUUUAUUUCAGGAAUAAAACACAUGGUAUGGUUGGUAACAUUUGGGAUAAAUAUUUCUCUGUUUGGUAAAUUAAUGCUUCUUUGUUGUGAAAAUGAGAACAAAUUCCUUCAUGUACAAUUGUAAAAAUAAAGCAGUAUAUAUGUACAUUUUGGGGAAACUGUAUAGUUACAGGUAUUUAAUUAGAUGAACUAUUUUUGUACUAUUUUUGGUGGUCUUCUGGUAUAUUUAGUGUGAAGAUAUAAUUUUCUUGGUGAAAAGGGCAUUUAACAGAGUUGGCUAGUGAGCGAUAAUCAGAAAAACAUGAAGAAGUUUUGCAAGUAGUAUGCUUAAAAGAAUAAGGCAAAUUUGUCAAAAAUUUUAAUAUUUUUGGACAAUUUUCUGAACAUUCAGAGGGCAUUUUGAGUUGUCACUUAUAUACUUAGUAGUUUGUCAAUAAUAACAUAUUUCGUAUAUUAACUUAAAUUACAAUUUGUAAACAGGAUUUUACCAAAGCACUUGUGAAGAUUUAUCAUAAAAAUGCAUCUUUGGAAUUAAAGCACAAUUCUUUAAAUACUGAGGCUGCUUCAGUUGGAUAUAUCAUGUUUAAUUAGGUUUAUUUUAUGUUGCCGUUCAUCAUUAACUGUUAACCAUAUUUGUUUUUGUGUUCACAUUGUAUUGACUGGUAAGCAUGCAUAUUAGGCAAGUUUAACUGUAUUCUCAUAUGCCAGUCAAUUCUCAUGGGUUGCUUAUGCAACUCUUUCAUGGUUUAAUUCAUGCAUGGAGCUUUUGUAAUGAUGUUACUGUAUGCCCCGUCUAUGUGAAGUCAUUGUAUAUUCUCUCAUCUUCUUUUAUAAUUUAUUAUUCACCAAACAUGUCUGCUUUUUAAUGAGUUUUAUGAUAAGUUUCUAAAAUUCAGUUUUUGUCAACAUGGGACCUAUAGAAGAGUUUUGGCUCCAUGGUGUGAAGUGUCUUGUGCAAUACAUUUUUUAAGAUAAAUUAUAAACAAAAUGUUUUGUUCAUUUUAUAGUAGAAAAAAAGUCAGCAGAAGGGCGAUGCUCAAUCAUGUGACAUGAUCUACCAAAAAAAUUGAUUCUAUCAUCAUAUGUUAAUGAAUUUUUAUAAGUUUAAUGUUUUAUUUGACAAAACAAAGGUCAUAGUUUUCUCUAACUAAAAAUUAGUGAAUGUGUUGACAAAUUUAUUGAAUUUUUAAAUGUAUAAUUUUUAUGAGCAUCUAAUUUUAAGCUACAAAAUAAUGUAACUCAGUAAUUACUGAAACAUUAAUAAAAAUGUACACAGCAUAAAAAAAAAUCUGGUAAUAUAUUUUAUCAGGAAUUUAUUUUUUAACACAUUAAAAUUAAUUCUUUAACAAGUUAUUAAUAAUGGAUAUUUUAAAACAAUUGCUCUAUCUCUUUGUAGAGCAGACCUCAGUUAAAAAUGUAAUUAUUUCUGUAUCAAUCCCUUUAUAUCUGGCCAUAUGACAACGGUAUUAGACUUAGUAUACACAGGAACCAAAUUUAUUAACGUAAUCUAUACAUGCAAACCCUACUACUCUACACUCCAGGCCAUAGAACAUGUAAGUAUACACAUAAGCCAUACUACACAUUAUUGUAUGUGUAGACACAUAAUAUGUAUUCAUUUAGGAAUGGUGGCAGGACAACACUUAACAUGGAUUCCUUGAAUAAUUUUUCUUUUCUUCCAGACUUCUUGUGCCUUAAUGACUAAUUCACAGAAUUUCAACCAAACUUUGUCCAAUAUUGAGACAUAAAGAAUGUUGUUUUAUAUGUUACAUACCAAUGCAUGUCUAGUGGGUAGAAGAUUAAGUGAAAAACAAACAACAUAUAGUGUACAUUACAUGUUCUGUGUCCCAUUUAUAGUUUUGUAGAUUAAUGGACAUAUUUUGUAAGGUGAAGAUGCAACUAUGAAUUUCAUAAUGUAAUAAAGUUAAUACCUCUUAGUUAUAAUUAGGGCUUGAUGUAUAACAUCCAGUCAAUUGUAAAUUUGUACUCCUUUAUGGAGUAGUUUUAGAUAUUAUUAUUAUUAUCAACAUUCCAUAAUAUAUGUAUAUAUAACAUUAUAUUACAGUGAACAUGUAUCUUUAGUUUUUUCUUUAUAAAAUGCCAAGGUCUGUAUUAUACUUUCUUAUCUGAGAUUAAUCAGUGGACCUUUCGGUUCAUGCCAAGGUCUGUUAGAGUAAAUUCUUCAAGGUAAAUUUAUCAAGGGAGAUUUUGCCGCAUGCUUUCGAUUUCAUUGAUCUAGAAAAAGUGUACGAAAUAUGUUCCGUAAGAGAAGUCAAACCUUUGUUGUUUUGUUAUUCAGGCCCGUAGCCAGGGGAGUUUUAUGGUUCUGGUGAAACCCUCCCCCCCCCCCCCCCCCCACCCUUAAUUUCCGAAUGAGUCCUCCAACCCAAAUAAUGCAGUGACUCAUGGAAUGUUUUGCUGCAUACCUUUUUCAAACAUAUCUGCUUUUAUAGCAUUAUUUAGACCUAUAAAACACAAAAAUCCUCUGGCAUAGGGGGUUUUGCUGACCACACCAGGGCUUCAUGCUCAGAGAACCCCCUUGGGAAGAACCUGGCUACGGGCCUGUUAUAUACUGAGGUUGAUAUUUGCUAUGCGAUGGAUAAUGUGGAAUAUACUUCCACAUGUUCCAGUUUGUGUAAUCAUGUAUAUGUGGAAAAUGCCAGCUAUCAAUCAAUCGUUCCAUUUAUAUGGCUACAUUCCAACAUGAUUAAAAUACCGUAUACAUGGUAUCAAGACAUUGGUUCUUCUUCUACCUGCAUAUAUACUGAACAUGGGGCAAAACCUCUUUAUCUACUUGUAUGGCUGAGUUAUAUUAAUGGAGGAUAAUAGUGAAGUUCACUUAUUGGUGUACAGAAUAAAGGACCAUAAAUGUAACAGAAUCCUUAUAUAUUGUUAUGUAAUUCUUGCUUUGUUUUUCUUUUAUAAGGGGUAUCAUUUAUAUAAUCUUUUCACUUGUAAUCAUUUUUGCUAUUUUUUAAACAUGACAAUGAGAAUCCUAUCAAUAAUCCUUAUAUUUUAUUAUAUAAUGUUUGUUUUUGUCUUAUAUAUAACUUGAGCUUUUAGAAAAAUAUCAGUGAUAUGACAUUACGAUAUUUAACAGUUGAGUUUUAAUAGGUGAGAUAGUAUGGUGUUUCAGCAGGCUUUUGAACAUAGGAGCAGCUAUUUUUGUAAAUGCAAUGACAUGCACACCUGCUGAACAAAUGCUAUAUUUUUGGGGGAGAAAAUCUUAUAGUAAACACAGCCCUCUCCCAUAUGUUUUAUGUUUGAUGCUUUGUAGCUCAUUUCGUAUACUAUCAUUUUGCCUUAUCCAGUGAAUGUUUUGUUUAGAUGGAAAUAAAAAACACAUACAAUUAAUAAUGUGCGUUAGAUUUUAUUAUUUAUCGUAGGUCUCUUUUAUUCAAUAUCUUGUCUUAAGAAAGUUUUUAGACAAUAGGACAAAAGGCACCAUGGUUAAUACAUAUGUAACUUAAAUACUUGAGACACUAAUAAUUGGAAAUGCCACUACAUCUAUUGUCCAAAUUGUUCUGGUUAAUUUGCUCACCAACUAAAAUAAAUUGAACUUUUGCAAUUUGAACAAUCUAAUGUAUUAAAUACAUAUUUAUUGCAGUGAAUCCUAUCUAAUUUUAAUGAAAUUGAACAGAAAAUAUAAAUUGAGCUUUGCAUUAAAGUUACACUGUAUUGUAAAACAUAAUCAAAUUAAUUCAUGUAAUUGCUGAUUUAAAAAGAUCGGCAAGUAUCAAAUUCCAAUGAGAAUUGUACUGGAAUUGUAUUUAUUUAUUGGCCAAGAAUAUAAUUUUUAAUCUUGUAGCUUUCACUUCUUGCAAGAAGUGAAUUCAAUGUGAAAGCAGAAGACUGCAUUCAAAAUUUAAGUUUGAGAGGUGAGUUAGACAUAAAACAUUUCUCAGCCACAAUUAUGAUGAGACAGGUAUCUGAGCAUCUGUAAAAUUUCCUCCCAGGGCCCCCUCUAUUCAAGAAUACACCACUGAUUUGAAUACAAAGUUAUUCAAAUAAUGUAUUGCAUUUUAUUUUGAAAGAUUUUGUUUAGCUUAACACAGACAGUAUAUUUUUAAUGCAUGGUUGCUAUCCCUUUGUUUACAUCACACCACAUUAAGUAUACUAAAAGUGUUUCAUGGUACAAAAUGAAAAUUAAAAGUAUCUGGCAAUUUAAAAAUUAAAGGAAUGUUGAUAAUGAAAGAUUCCCUUGUAGUUAAACACAACUUUUUAAAAGCAUAAAACUGAAUCUUGAUUGGUUGAAGAAUGAAUCAAUAAUUUAUUGGAUAUACUAAUGUUUUAAUCUGAGUAACAGAAUAUUCAUGAUAUUUCUGGAUGGAUUUGGUAGAUUUGGUCCAUAUUAAGUUACAUCUCAUGAACCAUAAUUUCAUCUCAUUUAACUACAAGUUCAUUAGCCAAUUACAGGAUCAAUGCAAUAGUAAACAAAUAAUUGUUUAAGAAUGCAAUGGGAAGAAUAUUUUCAUGAGUUGAAAGAUUGACUGUUCAUUCAAUGAGGCGGAGCUGAGUUGAAUGGAACAGUCAAUCUUUCAACUCAUGAAAAUAUUCUUUCCAUUACACGAAUACAAAACAUUCAUUAUUUGUCUUAAACACUAUAAUAGAUUCUUGUCAUUUGAUAUUUUAUGGAAAAAAAAUAUAGCGUUUUUCUGAAUGAAACAGUCCAGCAUUUUUUUAACCAAUGAAAAGAUUGUAUUAGUUUGAGGCAUGCAAUAGAGUGAAACGGAUGGAAAUUAAAAUGCACAUUGUAACUAAUUAUCAUGAUGAGUGACGAAAUGAUGUAAAUAACCAAUGUCAUGGUUGUCUGGUUUCAGUCUUGGGCACGAAGUCAGAAUGAUUUCCCAUAAAAUUUGGAGUACCACAAGGGUCCGUCAUCAGUCCAUCACUGGUCACGGUGUAUACACAAGAAAUAACAAAUAUUUUAAGGGUUGCGGGUGUUAAAUUUCAUCUUAACGCUCAAAUCUACAUUAGCUGUGACCCAAAAUCACCUGAUGACCUGACCUUGGCCAUAAGUAAAUUAAAUAAAUGUAUUGACAAUCUACAAUCCUGGAUGCGUGCAAACAAACUCAAACUAAAUGAUUCGAAAACAGAAUUAAUUGUUUUUUCACCACCAAGAUUUAAUACAAACUCACUUGAUGUGAAGCUGCAAAUUGGCAUGUCCAUAAUUACUCCAUCAAAAGUUGUUAAAAACCUUGGGGUUCAGUUUGAUGAACAUCUAAACAUAGAUCUGAACGUUUCCAGGACCCGACAGACGGUUAAUUUUUAUCUUAGAAAUAUUUCUCAGAUUAGAAAUUAUAUCGAUGACAAAACGUGCACUAUUGAACUACAGUCAUUAGUUCUAUGUAGAUUAGAUUACUGUAACUAAUUACUUUCAGAAACGUCUAAAACUAAUGUGAAGUCCUUGCAAUUGCUGCAAAACAGGGCAGCAUGCAUGGUUUUUAAAGCGUCCAUGGGCACUAGUACAACCCCGUUACUCAAACAAUUAAAAAUGGCUUCCAAUUGAAAAGCGUAUUGUUUUAAAGUCAAUGAGUAUAAUCUACGUAUGUCUUAAUGCGCCUAUUUAUCUUAGAAAUUUAAUUCAAAAAUAUGAAUCUCAUAGAACUGGUCUUAGAUCCUCCAUGGAUAAUACCAUGCUUUACAUUCCACGCACAAUUAUGGACCCAAAUUAUGGAACACUCUGCCUAUCACAAUUUGUCAAUCACCAACUUUAGUUUCUUUUAGGAAAAAAUCUCAAAUCACACCUGCAACCUUAAUCUGUAGUCUUGCAACAUCCAUGGAGGAUCAGGAGUUUUUUUCUUCUUUUUUUUUGGCCAUUGUUCAUUGUUGAUCUGUUUGCGUUCUUGGAGGGUUCUCUCCUUUAAUGUGAUUGAUGUUUGGAAUUUUUAUUGUCUUUAGUCAUUGCUGACCUGUUCGCUAUGCUGGGGGGAUUUUUGUUUUUUCAUUGUGAUUUUGAUGUUUUGAAUUAAUUUGUGAUGUUGAUGUCUUUUUGUCAAAGCACUAUGUAAAUAGUGCUUAAUAAAUGAAA